CAAGAAAAAACACCAAAGAAAAGAUUUUUCCGAUGUGCGUGGGGCAUACUCUACUCAAAUCACCACAACUUAAAACAAGAAGCUUAGAAUACAACCAUAGUCACAAAUUCAAGCAAAUAUCUUCAGCCAGUUGGACAGCAAUUGGGUUCUAUUAUCCUUUCCUCCACAGGUUAGUCGUUAUAGCCUCGACUCUGCUCAUUCGCCCAUUUCACUUUCAUUUGAGUUGUUGGAUCGUUCUGGAAGCACUGCCUUGGUUGGUCUGGUCUCUUCCAGGGUAUAUUACAACGUUAAGGACGUAUUAAAUAGGACUACGGGAGGAGAAAGAAAGAUCAAACAAGCUGAGAGAUGAAGAAAAUAGAGCUCAUAUUCAUUCCAAUACCAGGAACCGGCCACUGGGCCUCAACUAUUGAAUUUGCGAAGCGCCUGAUCCAUCACGAUGAUCGAAUUUGGAUUACUAUUCUUUCGAUGACGUGGUUUUCACCUGCUUUCGUGGAUGCAUACACCAAAUCGCUUGAUGCUUCGCGACCUGAUCGAAUCCAACUCAUUGACCUCCCUCAACUAGAUCCUCCUUCCUUAGAUCUUUUGAUGUCACUAGAAGGCUACAUCUAUGCAUUCAUUGAGAGCUACAUCCCUGCUGCCAGAAAUGCUGUCAGAAAUAUUGUGUCACUGGAAUCUAGCUCCGGUUCUGGCCGAGUCGCAGGAUUAGUUCUUGAUUUCUUUUGUGCGCCCAUGAUUGAUAUUGCAACUGAAUUGGGUCUUCCUUCUUAUAUAUACUAUGCCUCAAAUGCAGCGUCCCUGGGUCUCAUGCUGUACCUACCAACCCGACAUAGCCAGAACAGCUCAGGAUUUGAAAUCACGGAUCCUGAACAGUUGAUCCCAGGAUUUGUCAAUCCUGUUCCUCUUUGUCUUCUGCCUUCACCGUUGUUUAACAAGGAUGGAGGUUACACGACAUUUAUCAAGGUUGCUGAAAGGUUGAAGGAUGCCAAAGGUAUCAUGGUAAAUACGUUUGAAGGCAUUGAGCCUAGUGCCCUUAACUAUUUUCUCAAUGGCCCAAACCCUCCAAUUUAUCCCGUUGGACCAGUGAUUGACCUCAAUGCUCUGCCUCACCCUAAGUUGGACCUGGAUCAACGCAACAAGGUCAUGACGUGGCUUGAUGAUCAGCCUCAAUCAUCAGUGAUAUUUCUUUGCUUUGGAAGCAUGGGAAGCUUUGGAGCACCCCAACUCAAAGAAAUAGCACUGGGGCUAGAGCAGAGUGGAUACAGAUUCUUAUGGUCCUUGCGUUUUUCAUCACCACUACAAAGUGAUGCCGCACUAACUGACAAGAAUACUGAGGAGACGUUACCAGAAGGAUUCCUGGAGAGGAUCCAAGGUAGAGGGAUGAUAUGUGGGUGGGCGCCGCAGGUGGAGGUUCUUGCCAACAAGGCAAUAGGGGGAUUUGUAUCGCAUUGUGGUUGGAACUCAAUCCUGGAAAGCUUGUGGUUUGGUGUGCCAAUUGUAACGUGGCCUAUGCAUGCUGAACAACAGCUCAAUGCGUAUCUGAUGAAGGAACUCGGAUUAGCAGUAGUGAUGAGGUUGGAUUAUAGGUUAGGUACAAGUGAUCUUGUGAUGGCAGAUGAGGUAGAGAAAGCUGUUCGGCUGGUUAUGGAUGGUGGCAGUGAGGUGAGAAAGAAAGUGAAAGAAAUGGCAGAGAUGGCUAGGAAGUCUGUUAUGAAAGAUGGAUCCUCGUUCAUUUCAAUGGGAAGAUUGAUAGAAGAUAUGAUAGGCAGCAACUGACAUUUUGGCUACCUAUGGUUCUACUUGUAUAUCAGUUUAUUCUCUAUUGUUUAAGAAAGAAGACUUAAACUUACUUUUCUCCUGUUUAUAAUGCAUUUUGUUGUGAUCCCAAUGAGCAGCUGUAGUCAUUCCUGCUAAUCAGCUUAUUGGCUUUUAUGCAAGUACAAACUAAUAUUCAAUUCGAUCUC